AUGUCUGAGAAGAGCGUCGAAAACCACUACCUGUCUCUCUUACUGCCGGCUUUCCGCGAGCAUGCUGACAAGCCGGUUUUUCGCCCCUACAUUGGGAAAGUGGAUGCAUGGGACACCGUCACGUACCGCGGCCUAGAGCAGCGGCUCGUUGUGGCGCAGGCCCACUGGAAAAAGGCGCUCGCUACCCUGCAGCUCAAGACACUCGAUAUCGUGGGGUUCUGGCUCACUGGCCGUAAGGUCACGGACCUAGUCAACACCAUCGCCAUCUCCUCGCUGGGAUACACGCCCCAGUUCUUCAGCGGCUACUUCAGUGGCUUCUCCGUUGUCAUCGAGCUCCUCGUGAAGAGUGGCGGCAAGGCGAUCAUCAUCGACAAGUCCUUCCAACCUCAGGUCUCCGAGUACGGCACUGUUCCCGUUCCAAGCUUUGACGCCCUCGAGGACGCAGAGCUGCUCGCCGCCAUUUCGGCCGCCGAGGGACCCAAUGCCUUGCAAUUUGCCGUGGAUUCGGAGGCGGCUAUCGGACUCGAUGACUACGCAGCGCUCUUCCACUCCUCAGGUACGACCGGAGGCAUGCCAAAGAUCAUUCCAAACACCUACAAGAUGAUCCGCGCGGUCAUCCUGUACAAACACUCGGGCGCGCAGGACCCAGACAAGGAGUUCCUUGCGAACGGUGGUGGCCAGACUGUCGCGAACACGCUAGGCAGCCUCGCCCACAUCGCCUCCUUCCACACGUUCCUCGGGGCAAUCCACACCGGCGCGUGCCUGGCCCAGUCAUCGUCCAUGGCUGUAUCCCCUCAGGAGUUCCUCGGUCUCGUGCAGGUCUGCGGCCUUACGCGUCUCAUCCUGUACGCGACGUUCCUGUCCGAAAUCAUUCGUGCGGCCAAGAAGGACGAGACCAUCCGCGAUGGGCUCAAGGGCCUGCGCCAGAUCUUCCACACCGGCGUCGCGCUCAACAAGGAGGACGAGGCGUGGGCGUACGAGAACGGCCUCCGGAUGAUCACCUCCUACUCGACGACCGAGACCGCCCCGCUCCUGCGCUCCCGCGUUGGCCUCGACCCCUCUGCGCGCCUGCUGCGUCCCGUGCGUGGCGCGAACCCGGCCUUCCUCCCCUACAAAGACAAGGACAGUGGGUCCACCGAUGCCGACCUGUACGAGGUCGUCGUCCCAGCCGACGCCGAUGACUGCCCGCCACCCUCGCUCGUCGCUGCAGACGGCUUCUACCACUCGAACGACAUCUUCGAGAAAGUCGAGGACGGAUGGGUCUACCGCGGCCGCGCAGGUGACUGGAUCAAGGUCCUCGGGGGGUUCGUCGACACCAAGAGCAUCGAGGACAACGUGCGCAAGACCUGCGAAGGGCUCGUGCACGACACCGUCGUCAUUGGCAGCGGCCGCACUGCGCCCGUGCUCGUCGUCGAGAGCACCGAGAGCGCGCUCGACGUCCCCGCGCAGGCCGUCCUCGUGCACACCAUCAUCGAGCGCACGGCCGAGUUCAACAAGCGCGCGUUCGCGCACGAGCGCAUCGAGGACCCCAAGCGCAUUCUGGUCGUGGAUCGCGGGACGCUCCCGCGCACCAAGGAAAAGGGCAAUGUCCGCCGCGGUGCUACGGAGGAGCUCCUGGCAACGGAACUCGAUGCCGCUCUCGCGGAUGCUUGA